AUGUGGGAGAAAAUCCAAAAUACUAAAAAUAGAACAGACAACAACAACGUAUGGAGCUUAACAUUAACUGCCUUCAUUCAACAUGGCGACAUCAGAGAUACUACAGACAGAGCACAAGACAUAAAACGGUGUCAACUUUGUCCUGGAAAGGACCGGAAAUCUGCAGCAGAAAUUGUUUGUAGUUCCUGCCAUGUCAACCUCUGUAAGGAUUGUGUAGGUCUUCAUAUGGUUUCUGACCGUAAGGUUAAACAUGAAGUUCUUACAUUUGAAUUCACAUCUGAAAUCAUUGCGCCUCAGUGUAAUCAACAUGAAGGGCAAGGGUGUGAAAUGUUUUGUGAAUCUUGUGGUUCCCCUCUUUGUCCGCAAUGUUUAUCAUCCGAUUCUCAUACAAAUCACAAUGUACAACAUAUUACAGAAAUUUAUAACUCUCGGCAAGAGACGAUUAAACAAGAUAUAAAUGAACUGGGAAAUAAGAUUGCACCUGAUUAUGAGUCGAUAAUCUCUAAAAUACAGUUAAUGAUAACAAAUGUUAUCCAAAAACACGGAGAACGAAAUCAGUCUAUUACUAAAUUUGGUGACAGCUGUCACAAUCUGAUAGAUAGUGUUAUCAAUAGAUAUUUGCAAGAUUCAAAACAGAUUGAAAAAGAAGACACAGACUCUCUGCUUGCUUUAAAAUCAGUGUUUGAGAAUCUGCAAUCAUCACUUCAUUCAGCAAUAAAUGAAAAUGCAUCAAUUCUAGCUUCCAGAGAUUCAUCAAAACUUAUUCAUUACAUUUCAAAAAAUAAAGAGUUUAGACAUGUUCCCUCUAGGGUGGAACUGACAGUGCCACAAUUCAGUCCAGGUGAACUCACAGAAAAAACAUUGUGUCAAUUGAUGGGUGACAUUGAAAAGACAGUUAAAACUUACAUUCAGGGAUAUGUCAUAAAAGGAAUUUCAAGUUCCAGUGUACCACGUAAAAGCUUUCUUGACAAGCCUAGAGUUAUAAGAAGUGUAGAAACCUAUUUUCACAAAACAUUUGGCAUCAAAUGUAUUCCAAACAAACACCAAUUUUAUGUCAGUGGUGACAGUGAAAUAAUCAAGCACAUGAACAUAGAGGGAGAGGUACUGGAGGACAUAAGCACCGAGCCAGGAGGUAUUCUCGACCUGGCAAUCAGCAGAGAGGGAUUUUUAGUGUAUAGCGAGAGCCGGUCAACACGUAUCAAUAUCAGAAAGAAUGACCAAAUAGAAUGUCUUAUCUCUCCGCAGGAGUGGACUCCACUCUCUAUAUGUUGCACCAUCACAGGUGAAUUACUCGUUGCUAUGAAAUCACUUCAAAAUAGAAUCGCACAAAGUAGAGUGGUUCGCUAUUGUGGUUCUGUAGCCACGCAAGAAAUAAGAUUCGAUAAUGCAGAACAAGCUUUAUACUCAUGUCCAUUAUUCAUUGAGGAAAACAAAAACCUUGAUAUAAUAGUGAGUGACUCUGGUGAAAAGAUAAUAGUGGUUGAUAGACUGGGCAAAUUAAGAUUCAUCUAUGAUGGAAAUCUCCAGUCGCAGAUGUACAAAACAUUUACUCCACGUGGUGUAACAACGAAUAGCAUAUGCCAAAUUUUGAUUGCUGACCCUAGUAAUCAAGUUAUACAUAUCAUUGACGAGAACGGACAGUUUUUAAUGUACAUAAAAAAAUCCGAAUUACAAGAACCAUAUGAUCUCUGUUCAGACAGCGAUGAUAUUUUGUUCGUUACAGAGUUACGAUCUGGCAAAGUGAAAGAAUUAAAACUGUUUAGUUAG